AUGCGUAAAAGCGAAUUCUUUAGGGCGGUUAGUAACCGUUCCGCCGCUUUCGGGGUUGCUGGCGCUGCCAGCAACCGCGCCGUAAACGCGCUUGCGCGCGAACAUACGUCCGGUAGCGAGCCGGAAGCGAAAAGUUUGAAUUUAAUGUUAAAUUUGCUGUAUUUAAUGGCGUUUUCCCGUUGCGAGGUUGGGGAGGCAAAAGCGGUUAAAUUAAUGCUGUUGCUAAGUAUAUGCAAAUGGGGGAAAACCUUUUGGGUUGGGCUUAAGGAGGAAAAACCUUAUGCUUGCGUUCCCGCCUUUCUGGCGGGUAGUGACCCUGCCAAGCACGUAAAGGGUGCAUUCGAAAUCGGAUUAGUGGUGGUAGCGAACGGGUGCAAGGCGGUGGCGCCAAGUUAUCGGUGUCGGCGUUGUAAGUAUUGGUUGAUUUGGCUUAUCGGCCCUUAUCGGUUUCGAUCCUGGCAAGCCAAGGGCUUAAAAACAAAAAGUCCUGUGGUUUCGACGGGAUUCGAACCCGUGGUCCUGGCGGGACCGGCCUGGUGCAAAGCCACUGCACCACGAGGCCACGCGCCGCCAAAAAUUAAGAGCGAAAAAAGUAACGACUGGAAUAACGAAAAAGAAAAAGCGAAAAAAAGAUAUGAGCUGGAUAAAUAG